UGCCCUUUAUAUAUAUAACACAAAAUCCUACUUUCUCUUUCUUCAACUUUCUUUUCUAGUCAUUUUUCAUCUCAUUGACUCUUCUCUCACAUCCACAAAGUUGAUCCAAAACCAAAAUCCAAACACCCUCUUAUCAUAAAAGCUUCAAUUUAUCAUUGACUCUAGCUCUUUCAUACAAGGAAGAAAGAAAAAAAAUGUUGCAAUUAUUCUUCACAGUUGCUUUUUCUGUUGUUCCUUUAACCCUUUAUAUUCCACCAAUUAGAAGCUUGAAUCUCUUUGUAGAAACCAUGGAAUCUGUUAUGAGAGAAUCAACAACAUAUAGCAACACAAUUUAUCCUCGUUUAAGGAUAGCUUGGUCUAGGAUGUUGAAUUGUUUGCUAUGCAACAACACAAGGUAGAUUCAAUUUCUAAUUUUUAAUAUUAACUUUCAACCACAUCUUAAUGUAAAUUAAAUACUCCAUUUCUUUUUUCUUUUUUAAUUUUAUAUUCCAACGUGUCUAAAAUAUAAGUAAA